AACAACAUAAAACGUUUAAUGAAAACGUUUUACAAUAGUCAUUUACGCGAACAGUGAUUAAUGCGUCUUCAUUUAAAACACAAAAGACCGGGCGCCUUGGACGCUCGAGACUGCUUCAUUAUAAUUAAUGUCUCCGGUUCCUCGUGCACCCGGAGGUCGCGAAUCGCUCCGUCCCGCGCCCACUGAUCUCUGAAGAUCUGACACGAGAGGGAUCUCGCUGGCUAUUGCAAUCUGACAAGAUCUGUAAUACUUGGGUGAUGAAUCGUUCCAAACUUUUUGACGAUGCUGGCAGCUCGGGGGUGUGCGCAUGUGCGAAGGUGUCCAAACUGACAAUGCUGGAGAGAUAGUGCGUCUGGGAUUGAGAAUCACAGAGGAAAAGGGGAAAAGAUUCGAGAAAAAAUCCGACAAACCCACGCCGAAAGACUGGCAUCAUGAGGUCCAAAGGCAGGGCAAGGAAACUGACCACUGGAGAUGGAGAGGACUUUUCUCUUUUCGCCUCUGAUGACCUGGAAGAACUUGGAGUAUCUGAUGCAGAUCCACUCCCAUUGGCCACUGCGAGUGACCUUCCUUCCCCUGGCCUAUCCGCUGAUGCGGCCUCCCCGGUCGCCCCCUCCCCCUUCCACCCGUCGUUCCACGCUUCAAUGUACCUGGCCGGGGGUGGGGUCGAAUCGGUGCCCCCAGACUUUGAGGUCCGCGAGUCGGCCGUUACCAGAGGAAACCUGGGUGUCUGGAGCCGGAGGAGACUGGAGGUGGGAGAACGUCUUGGACCCUACGAGGGAACUUCAAGACACAGCCCAGAAAAUGCUACCCAGGCAUGGGAGGGCGAGCAGACAGGUUUGGAUGGGAGCAUAUGUGAUAGCAGGAGCUGGCUAAGGCACGUCCAGAUCUCUCCAUCCACCCACCAACACAACCUCACAGCCUGCCAGAUACAUGAGCAGAUCUUUUACCGUGUGGUCCGAGAGGUCCAGCCGGGUGAGGAACUCUUACUGUUCAUGAAGGCUGAGGAGUUUUCAUGUGAGACCAUGGCUCCAGACAUACACGAGGAGCGUCAAUACCGCUGUGAAGACUGUGACCUAAACUUCGAGUCUGGUUCAGAGCUGUUGGACCAUCAGAAGCAUGCAUGCGGUCCCCCGCCUUCCUCCGGCUUCAAGCUGUCUAAACAGGGUCUGCCCAGCGCCGGAGACGAUGCUGAUCUCGACCCGCUGCACCUACGCUCUCUCCCUCUAAACUUACCCGGCUCACCACAGGAGUGUAAGGAGUGCGAACAAGUCUUUCCUGAUGCACAGAGUCUGGACACUCACUCUCUGUCUCACUCCGACGAGAGAGAGUAUAAGUGUGAUCAGUGCCCGAAGGCCUUCAACUGGAAAUCAAACCUGAUUCGCCACCAGAUGUCACAUGACAACGGCAAGCACUACGAAUGUGAAAACUGCUCAAAGCAGGUGUUCACAGACCCCAGUAACUUGCAGAGGCACAUCCGCUCUCAGCACGUGGGGGCUCGAGCUCACGCCUGCCCUGACUGCGGCAAGACCUUCGCCACCUCCUCAGGCCUUAAACAACACAAACACAUCCACUCUUCCGUCAAGCCCUUCAUAUGUAAGUCACUCAGACCCUUCAUAUGUGAGGUCUGCCACAAAUCUUACACGCAGUUCUCCAAUCUGUGCCGCCACAAGCGCAUGCACGCAGACUGUCGCACUCAGAUCAAGUGCAAAGACUGUGGCCAGAUGUUUAGCACCACGUCAUCCCUAAACAAGCAUCGGCGCUUCUGCGAGGGUAAAAACCAUUUCGCUGCUGCUGCAGGAGGGUUAUUUGCCCAAGGCAUGGCCCUCCCUGGCACCCCUGGCCUGGACAAGUCCGCACUGGCUGGAAUGAGCCAUGGGAGUCCUGGUUUAGCAGACUAUUUCGGGACAAACCGGCACCAUGGUGGGCUGACAUUCCCAGCAGGCCCUCCAGCAUUCCCAUUCAGUUUUCCAGGACUUUUCCCAUCGGGACUUUAUCACCGGCCCCCUCUAAUCCCAUCCACAUCACCCAUUAAUGGCCCUCCGAGCACUGAACUACGGAAGAGUCCACUGGUGUCCUCACCCAUCCCUGGGUCGCAUGACCUCUUGAAGAGUUUACGCAAGGAUUCGUUCAACGGGGAGGGCGAGAGCAUGGAGCGUCAGAGAGAAGGAUCCGUCUCCAAGCCGAGGCACGGCGGGAAGAUGAGCGACCAAUCAGAGAGUAGUGAUCUGGACGACGUCAGCACUCCGAGUGGGAGUGAGCUGGAGAGCACUUCGGGUUCAGAGUUGGAAAGUGAAGCAGAGAGCGACCGGGAAAGAGUGCGGGAAAAUGGGAAAGGGCCGAAAAGGAAAUCCAGUGGGUUCAGCAAUGCCCAAAGCCCAACUCUUGUUAGCUCCAGUAGUAGUAGUAACACCAAUAAUGGAAAAGACUUCCCUGUGCCAGGGCUCGUCCAACCAUCUUUGGAUGAGCAAACGGCUGUUUCCGGUGCCGUUAAUGACUCGAUCAAGGCAAUUGCCUCCAUUGCUGAGAAAUACUUUGGUUCUACUGGACUUGCAGGCCUGCAAGACAAAAAAGUUGGGGCAUUGCCAUACCCUUCCAUGUUCCCUCUAUCGUUCUUUCCUGCCUUCUCUCCAUCAGUCUAUCCUUUCCCUGAAAGGGAGCAACUGAGACCUCCAGGCCACAAAGGGGAGCCAGAAAGCCCUCCAGUUGAGGGUAAAAAACUUAAGGGCAGAAAUGCUGAAUCACCUUUUGACCUCACCACCAAGCGGAAGGAAGAACGUCUUGCGGCCACCUGCGGCCCUUUGAAACCAGAAGCCUCACAUGUACAAUCAGCCAACCAGGAUCAGCCGCUGGACCUCAGUCUUGGCGGGCGAAGUCGAGGAAAGAGCGUAAGAGGGGAAGAGUUAAAAAAGAUCCCUGUCUUUGGAGAAGAGAGGGUGGAACCAGAGCCACCCAAAGCCGACCCAUCCCUCCAACACGCAAGACCUACGCCUUUCUUCAUGGAUCCCAUUUACAGCAGGGUUGAGAAGAGAAAGAUGAACGAUCCAUUCGAAGUCCUCAAGGACAAGUAUAUGCGGCCGGCUCCUGGAUUUCUCUUCCACCCACAGUUUCGCAUGCCUGAUCAGAGAACAUGGAUGUCAGCGAUUGAAAACAUGGCCGAAAAGCUGGAAUCCUUCGGCUCUUUGAAGCCAGACGGCGGUGACAUCAUGCGUUCCGUUCCCUCCAUGUUCGACUUCCGGGCUCCACCCACCACCCUUCCUGAGACACUGUUACGCAAGGGCAAAGAGCGCUACACCUGCAGAUACUGUGGCAAGAUAUUCCCACGCUCGGCCAACCUUACAAGGCAUCUACGGACACACACAGGAGAGCAGCCUUACAGAUGCAAGUACUGUGAUCGUUCGUUCAGUAUUUCAUCGAAUCUUCAGCGCCACAUCCGUAACAUCCAUAACAAAGAGAAACCCUUCAAAUGCCACCUGUGUGACCGCUGCUUCGGGCAACAAACCAACCUGGACCGGCACCUCAAAAAACACGAGAAUGGUAAUUUAUCAGGCACGGCGAUGUCGUCGCCCCGUUCAGAGCUGGACAGUGGCAGUGCCAUCUUGGAGGACAAGGAGGAUUCGUAUUUUAACGAAAUACGAAACUUCAUCAGUAACACGGCACGGAACGCCACAUCUCCGUCACACUCCGAGGAAGGGCUCAACGGCAGUCAUUUCGAUGCCGACAAAGCCCCGCCUGGCCAGGAAUCACGUGACCUGGACGAAGAAGAAGGGGAGGAGCUCGGAGCGGAGGAAGAGGAGGCGGAGAAUAGCGACUGCGCCAGGAAACCCAGCGAGCCCAGCAGUCUGGACCAUGACGUCAUAAACGAUGACAUCGAUUUCGAGGGACCAGAUGAUCUAGAGACCAGCAAAUCCUCACCACAAAGGUUUAAUGAGGAUGAAGAUGAUGAAGAUCACAGCAGUUUCUCCACGCUGGAUCACAUCCGUCACUUUAGCAUGGAGGACGGGGAUCUUAGCGACGGUGACGUCGGCAGCUUUGGCCCCGCCCACCUGCAAGAAGGCAUUAAGCAGCCUCUGUACAGGAAGUCUAAGUCACAGGCAUAUGCUAUGAUGCUGUCUCUAGCUGAUAAGGAUCCACUCCAUUCGUCUACCCAUAAUGCCCCGAUGUGGCACAGUUUGGCCCGCGCUGCAGAACCCAGCGCCAUUCAGUCUCUCAGCCACGUAUGACACCUCCGUGUAACCAUGUGACCUAACUUAACAUUGUGUUACACUACCGGUCCACACACACACACACCUGCACAAGUGCCCAAAUCCUCAUAUGCCAUACGCACUAAGAUCCCAUGUACAUGAACAAAUUAUCGAUUGACUGUUUGAUUGACUUAUUGAUCAAGUACAGUUAGUAGGAAUGACAGUAGUGUCAGUAAUUUCGAUGGUGAUGAUGAAGACGAUGAUGACAAUAGUAGUAAUACGUAAUAAUAAUUGUAUUUAUUCUGUCAAGUUCCAAUGUUUUGCACAGCAGUGGCAGCUGGUGAACGGUUUUUGA